GACCGAGAUUUAUCCUUUUAGUUAACUCUUCUUUUUCUUUAGAUUUUUUGUUUUGGCUUUUCUUAAUCGAAACUAGGGCAUUCCUUCUUACCAAAAACAAAAACCCCUUUAUAAGUAUUUUUAGUUAAGUUUUAAGAUUCGGGAAAAAAUCAAUUUUUUUAAAAAUAAAUUAUCUCUGCUUCCUCAUGCCAUUAACCAUACCUCGACCUAUAGCUUCUUCUUCGCUUGUAAGCACUCCAAAACCCUAAAUUUUCAUAUUUCCCUUUCUUGGGUUUCUAGAAAACAAGGUAGAGUUUCCCUUCCUUUGGGAUUUGGUCAUUUUCCGCAAUUGGCUUUUAUAUAUAUAUAUAUAUAUAUAAACUUCUCUGGGUUUUGGGUGCCAUGAACUUUUUUACCUUUAAUUCUCAUUCUUAGCUGUGGGUUGGUUCUUUUUUCUCGUUGAAACGCUAUGAACUUUACUAGUCCUUGCCCGAGUUUUAACCAAACAUAAUGAAACCAGAAGCAAAAAUUUAGAGGAUUAUGCGAAGCAGCAAAAGGAGAGAAAGAUGAUUGCUGAGAAACCAAAUUGGGUUAGGCAUGAGGGAAUGCAGAUAUUCUCGGUUGAUGUUCAGCCUGGUGGUCUUAGGUUUGCCACUGGUGGAGGUGACCACAAGGUCCGAAUAUGGAACUUGAAAUCUGUUGGCAGGGACUUGGAAAAUGAUGAAUCUACACAGAGGCUUCUAGCAACUUUGCGUGAUCACUUUGGGUCUGUCAACUGUGUUAGGUGGGCCAAGCAUGGACGAUUUGUUGCAUCUGGGUCUGAUGAUCAAGUGAUUCUAAUUCAUGAGAGAAAGCCUGGUUCUGGAACCACUGAGUUUGGCAGUGGAGAGCCUCCUGAUGUUGAAAAUUGGAAAGUUGCAAUGACACUGAGGGGGCACACUGCAGAUGUGGUGGAUCUUAACUGGUCUCCUGAUGACUCAAUAUUGGCCAGUGGGAGUUUGGACAACACUGUCCAUAUAUGGAAUAUGAGCAAUGGCAUCUGUACAGCGGUGCUGAGGGGUCAUUCCAGUCUCGUUAAAGGAGUUGCCUGGGAUCCCAUUGGGUCCUUCAUAGCAAGUCAGUCUGAUGACAAGACGGUCAUAAUAUGGCGAACAAGUGACUGGAGUCUUGCUCAUAAAACAGAGGGCCACUGGGCGAAAUCGUUGGGAUCAACAUUUUUCAGGCGGCUUGGAUGGUCACCUUGUGGUCAUUUCAUAACUACCACUCAUGGUUACCAAAAGCCAAGGCAUUCUGCACCCGUUCUAGAGAGAGGAGAAUGGGCUGCCACAUUUGACUUCUUAGGCCACAAUGCCCCAAUUAUUGUAGUGAAGUUUAAUCACUCAAUGUUCAGAAGGAAUUUUGCCAAUUCACAGGAAGUGAAAGCUACCCCUGUUGGCUGGGCAAAUGGAGCUGCUGCUAAGAUUGGGGGUAAAGAAUCACAGCCAUAUAAUGUUAUUGCUAUUGGAAGUCAGGACCGCACUAUAACUGUGUGGACAACUGCAAGUCCUCGACCACUCUUUGUAGCCAAGCAUUUCUUUGGUCAAAGUGUUGUGGAUUUAUCCUGGAGCCCUGAUGGCUAUUCUCUCUUUGCCUGUUCAUUGGAUGGGACUGUGGCUACUUUUCAUUUUGAAGCUAAAGAACUUGGCCAUAGGCUUAGUGAUGCUGAACUUGAUGAGUUAAAGAGAAGUCGUUAUGGUGACGCUAGAGGCCGACAGUCAAAUUUGGCAGAGAGCCCAGCACAGUUAUUGCUUGAAGCUGCUUCAGCAAAGCAAACUACUAGCAAAAAAGUAGCUUUGGAUGUUCAGCAGAGUCAGAUACCUGCAAAACCUCCUGUUGAGUUGGGGCUCGCAAACAAAAGUUCCGAGCCUCAGAAUAAUGAUGGGAAGAAAAGUGGGCUUGCUGCUAGUGAUGGAUUAAAUAAAGCAAUGAGUUCUGCACGGAUUUCUAGUCCUGUGAAACAAAGAGAAUACAGACGUGCUGAUGGCAGAAAGAGGAUCAUUCCUGAAGUAGUUGGUGUCCCUAUUCAGCAGAAAAAUAUUAGCAGCAAUGCUCAAUCUCCUGCACUAGACUUCCCUGUUGGAUCUUCUGAUCACAGAAAAAAUGAUAAUGGUGCAGUUCCUUCUGAAGUUGGUUUGAGAGAAGCUUCUGUCAGGGGUACUGUUGGUAGGAGCUCUGACUUAAAGGAGCGCUCAGGGGUCACUGCCAGGGCUACUGUUACUGACAGCCUGGUUAUUGAGAAAGUUCCAGUCUCUGCUGCCCAAGAUCAUAGCAUCAAUGUAGAAAAGUCUGGAAGCAUGAGACCUUCAAGUUCCACUGCUUCCUCUUCCACAUCUCUUUCAAUUAGUGUUUUUGAUAAGAAAGAAGGCGAGGAUAUGACUCCAGUUUGCUUGGAAGCUUGUCUAAGGGAACAUGCUAUGAAUGACAUUGCUGGUGUAGGACAUGCAUGUAUGAUGAAAGAAACAGAAAUUGUUUGCACAAAAGGGUCUCAAACUCUUUGGUCUGAUCGUAUCUCUGGAAAAGUUUCUGUUUUAGCUGGAAAUGCAAACUUCUGGGCUGUGGGAUGUGAAGAUGGGUGCCUACAGGUUUAUACAAAGUGUGGAAGACGCGCAUUACCUACCAUGAUGAUGGGAUCUGCAGCAACAUUUAUUGAUUGUGAUGAGAGCUGGAAAUUGUUAUUGGUCACAAAGAAAGGAUCUUUGUAUUUAUGGGAUCUCUUCAAUAGGAACUGUCUCCUUCAUGAUUCAUUGGCAUCUCUAGUCAGUUUGGACCUUAGCUCAUCUGCAAAAGGCAUAAUGAAGGUUAUAUCUGUGAAGUUAUCAAAAUCUGGUUUUCCUCUCGUUGUCUUGGCUACUCGGCAUGCGUUUCUCUUUGACAUGAGUCUCAUGUGUUGGCUGAGGGUUGCAGAUGACUGCUUCCCAGCAUCAAAUUUUGCUAGUUCUUGGAGUUUGGGUUCAAUUCAUACUGGUGAGCUGGCCGCCUUGCAAGUGGAUGUACGGAAAUAUUUAGCCCGAAAGCCAGGCUGGACCAGAGUAACUGAUGAUGGAGUGCAGACACGUGCUCAUUUAGAAGCUCAGCUGGCAUCAUCUUUGGCUUUGAAAUCGCCCAAUGAAUAUCGCCAGGGCCUUCUUUCCUACAUACGCUUCCUAGCAAGAGAAGCAGAUGAGUCUCGUUUGCGAGAAGUCUGUGAAAGUUUUCUCGGGCCACCAACUGGGAUGGCUUCAGAUUCCAAGAAUCCUGCUUGGGAUCCCUAUGUACUUGGAAUGAGAAAGCACAAACUUUUAAGAGAAGACAUUCUUCCUGCAAUGGCAUCCAAUAGAAAAGUUCAGCGUUUACUCAAUGAGUUCAUGGAUCUUCUCUCAGAAUAUGAAAUCAUUGAAAACAAUCUAGACCAAAAAUCACCAUCUCCACCAACUACAUCACAUCCCGUUAUAGAUCCGAUGGACUCUACCCCGUCUGCAGCAGCUCAAACAGAUUCUCCCGUUUUGGCAACAGAUAAGAAGGAAAACCCAUCCCUUGGUCCAGAUAAAAUGCAUUCUGCUCCAUCUAUAACAGGUCGAGUAAACACGGGCGCCCUAUUGACCGAUUCAAGUGAACCGAAACUCCAAUAAAUGAUGAAAUCUUCAAUAAUGCAUAGCAUACUAAUUGAAUGGUGUUCAACUUAUUAGGUUAGGGGUUUGCACAGUAAAAUAUCACUUGCUGGUUAAAUUUUUGCUAUCUUCAGCUUAUUGCUGGCUUGAAAAGGGCAGCCUCCAAUGAUGUAUCUUUUUUUUUUUUUUUUGGGUGCAUGUAACCUUAGAAUCUCACUUGUUAGUUGAAAGUAAAUUGAAGUCUCUCACCAUUGAUAGAGAUGAUCAUUCUCUUGUAACAAUUAAUUGAAGCUUAAUAUUAUUAGUAGAAUCUUACUACAAGGAAAA